AUGCUGGCCCCCGCCCGGUUCCUGCUGCUGCUGCUGCUGCUACUGCCCAGCACCCCCAGUCUGGGUCUCUCUACAAAGUUCUACAAAGUCAAGUCAUUCUCCAGCUGCACCAACGAGGCCCUAUCAGAGGCCAAGAGAAGCGGGCCGGAGGAGGCCCCGCUGCUGAGCGCGAGGAGGUUCCUGGCCCUGGGCGAGGAGGGCCACAAGGAGAGGAGGACCCCCGCGGGCUCGGGGGCUGGUGGGCUGGCUGCAAGCUAUGAAGGUCCAUCCCCGGCGCAGCUCUGGGGGAAGCUGACCCAGGACAAGACCCAGAGAGACCGGCGAGCCCAGUUCAGUCUGUCCCUGGACGUCCCCACCAAUAUUAUGAACAUCCUCUUCGACAUUGCCAAGGCCAAAAACGUGCGAGCCAAGGCGGCAGCCAAUGCCCACCUGCUGGCCCAAGUAGGGCGGAAGAAGUAG